AUGACUGAAGAAAUACAACGUUCGACAGCAUCUUCGACAAGAUUUGAGUCUGCACAUGAAACUAGAGCUUCCACUGAAAAAUUAGACACUCAAUCAGUGGUAAGACCUUCACCAUCGUCGACUAAUCGUACAUUUGCUCCAUUGAAUACACCUUUGUAUAGGCGUCGACAAACACUUACAAUUAUUGUUUUCUGGAUUCUGCCAUGGUUUUUUUUAUAUAUAUCAUUAUUAUUACUUCGUUCAAAUAAUUGGUAUGUGUUUUUGGGUUUCAUUGCUUAUUUAACAUGGAUGGUUCUUUUUCGAAAAUAUCCUCAACAAGGUGGUCUUAGACAACAAUGGUUUCGUCGACUUGCCUGGUGGAAAUGGUUUGCUGAUUAUUUUCCAAUUCAUUUACAUAAAACAUGUGAUUUACCAGCUGAUCGUUCAUAUAUAUUUGGUUAUCAUCCACAUGGUAUUAUAUCACUUGGUGCAUUUUGUAAUUUUGCUACAGAAGGAACAAGUUUUGAAGAAAAAUUUCCAAAUAUCAAUCUUCGUUUAUUAACACUUAAAUCAAAUUUUCGUAUACCAUUUUAUGGUUUAUAUUUAUCUAUGUUAGGUUUAUGUGAUGCAUCGAAAGAAUCAUGUAAUUAUAUAUUAGAAAAAGGUAAUGGUAAUAGUAUAAUGUUAGUUUUGGGUGGUGCUAAAGAAGCACUUGAUGCUCAGCCAUCAUCAGAAUAUAUAUUAACUCUUAAAAAUCGUAAAGGUUUUAUUAAAAUUGGUCUAGUUCAUGGUGCUAGUCUUGUACCAGUAUUUUCAUUUGGUGAAAAUGAUCUUUAUAAUCAAAUAUCUAAUCCACGUGGAUCAAAACUUCGACAAUUUCAAAUGUUAUUACAAAAAAAAUUAGGCUAUUCAACACCAUUUUUUCGAGGACGUGGUAUUUUUCAAUAUGCAUUUGGAUUUUUACCACAACGACAUCCAAUUGAUACAUAUGUUGGUUCACCAAUUGAAUUACCUAAAUUAAAAAAAGAAGAUAUUACAUCGGAAAUUAUUGAUAAAUAUCAUCAAAUAUAUAUGGAUGCAUUAACAAAUCUAUUCGAUACAUAUAAAGAAAAUCAUGGAAAUAAAGAUGCAACAAUAAAAUAUGUCAAUGAUAAUGAUUGA